GUGGGACAUAUUUGGAGCCGUCAUUGGUACUGAAUGUGGAACACUGGAAUCUGGCUCAUCUAUGGUAUUUCUCAGAGAUGGAGAAAGAAAAAUAUGCACUCCAUACAUGGACACUACAGGUUAUGGGAACUUGAGAUUUUAUUUCAGUAUGGGGGGAACUUGUGAUUCUGGAGAAUCCCACAAAAAUGAUGUCAUACUUUAUGCCAAGAUUGAAGGCCGGAGAGAACACAUACCUCUUGACACCCUGACCUAUGCUGCUUACAAGGUUCCAUCUUUGGUUUCUGUUGUCAUUAGUCCGGACCUGCAGACUCUGUCAACCAAGUUUUGCCUGAAGCAAAAGAGUCACCAAGGCCACAACAGGAAUGUCUGGGCUGUGGAUUACUUCCAUGUGCUUCCAGUCCUCCCUUCCACGGUGACUCACAUGAUCCAGUUUUCCAUCAAUUUGGGUUGUGGAACUUAUCAACCUGGUAACAGCGUCAGCUUAGAGUUUUCAACCAACCAUGGUCGCUCUUGGUCCCUGCUCCACACUGAGUGUUUGCCUGAGAUAUGUGCUGGGCCUCACCUUCCCCACAGCACCGUCUAUGCCUCUGAAAAUUACAGCGGGUGGAAUCGAAUAAUCAUUCCCCUUCCCAAUGCGGCCUUAACAAGUGACACCAGGAUUCGAUGGAGGCAAACAGGACCAAUCCUUGGAAAUAUGUGGGCAAUCGAUAAUAUUUAUAUUGGUCCAUCUUGCCUCAAAUUCUGCUCAGGGCGAGGACAGUGUACUAGAAAUGGCUGCAAGUGUGACCCCGGCUUUUCAGGGCCAGCGUGUGAGAUGGCAUCACAGACCUUCCCCGUUUUCAUCUCAGAGAGCUUUGCCAGCUCCCGCCUCUCCUCCUACCACAAUUUUUACUCCAUCCGGGGGGCUGAGGUCAGCUUCGGCUGCGGGGUCCUGGCCAGUGGCAAGGCCCUGGUCUUCAACAAGGAUGGGAGGCGCCAGCUUAUCACCUCCUUCCUCGACAGCUCCCAGUCCAGGUUCCUGCAGUUCACAUUACGACUGGGCAGCAAGUCAGUGCUGAGUACCUGCAAAGCACCCGACCAGCCCGGGGAGGGAGUAUUGCUGCACUACACCUAUGACAACGGGAUUACCUGGAAGCUACUGGAACACUAUUCUUAUCUCAACUACCACGAGCCAAGAAUAAUAUCAGUGGAGCUGCCUGAAGAUGCAAGACAGGUUGGCAUUCAGUUCAGAUGGUGGCAACCAUAUCACUCUUCUCAAGGCGAAGAUGUGUGGGCGAUCGAUGAAAUCAUCAUGACCUCUGUGCUUUUCAAUAGCAUCAGUCUGGACUUCACCAACCUAGUCGAAGUCACGCAGUCUCUGGGAUUCUACCUGGGAAAUGUUCAGCCCUACUGUGGACAUGACUGGACUCUUUGUUUUACAGGAGAUUCAAAGCUAGCUUCUAGCAUGCGCUACGUGGAGACCCAGUCUAUGCAGAUCGGAGCUUCAUAUAUGAUACAGUUCAACCUGGUGAUGGGCUGCGGUCAGGUGUUUACUCCUCAUAUGGACAACCAGGUGAAACUGGAAUACUCCACCAACCAUGGCCUCACGUGGCAUCUUGUUCAGGAGGAAUGUCUUCCAAGUAUGCCGAGCUGUCAGGAGUUUACAUCAGCAAGUAUAUACCACUCCAGCGAAUUUACUCAGUGGAGGAGAAUCACUGUCCUUUUACCACAGAAGACUUGGUCCAGUGCCACACGUUUCCGCUGGAGUCAGAGCUAUUACACAGCCCAAGAUGAAUGGGCCUUAGACAACAUCUACAUCGGGCAGCAGUGUCCCAAUAUGUGCAGCGGACAUGGCUGGUGCGACCACGGCGUUUGCAGGUGUGACUCAGGAUUUCGGGGUAAUGAAUGUCAGCCUGAAAAUCCCCUUCCUUCAACCAUCAUGUCUGAUUUUGAGAAUCCAGAUGGCCUGAAGACAGAGUGGCAGGAAAUUAUCGGGGGAGAAAUCGUCAAGCCUGAAGAAGGCUGUGGGGUCAUCUCAUCUGGCUCCUCGCUUUACUUCAAUAAGGCUGGAAAAAGGCAGUUGGUAAGCUGGGAUUUGGACACAACCUGGGUGGAUUUUGUCCAGUUUUAUAUCCAGAUAGGAGGAGAUAGUUCUUCAUGCAAUAAACCAGACAGCAGAGAGGAAGGUGUGCUGCUGCAAUACAGCAAUAACGGCGGUAUCAACUGGCAGCUACUAGCAGAAAUGUAUUUCUCUGACUUCAGCAAGCCCAGGUUUGUCUAUCUGGAGCUGCCAGCUGCAGCCAAGACGCCUUGCACCAGGUUUCGUUGGUGGCAGCCUGUGUUUUCUGGGGAAGGGUACGAUCAGUGGGCUGUCGAUGACAUCAUCAUUUUGUCAGAGAAGCAGAAGCACAUCAUUCCCGUUGUUAAUCCCACUUUACCACAGAACUUUUACGAAAAGCCAGCAUUUGAUUACCCUAUGAACCAGCUGAGCAUUUGGUUAAUGUUGGCCAAUGAAGGGAUGCCCAAAAAUGAAAGUUUCUGCUCUGCCACCCCCUCUGCCAUGCUCUUUGGUAAAUCAGAUGGAGACCGGUUUGCAGUGACUCGAGAUUUAACUCUGAAGCCUGGAUAUGUCCUGCAGUUCAAGCUGAACAUUGGUUGCACUAACCAGUACAGCAGCUCAGCUCCCGUUCUGCUUCAGUACUCACAUGACGCUGGGCUCUUCUGGUCGCUCGUGAAGGAGGGCUGCUACCCUGCAUCUCCGGGCACGAAAGGAUGCGAGGGAAGCUCCCGGGAGCUGAGUGAGCCAACUGUGUAUCACACAGGAGAUUUUGAGGACUGGACAAGAAUUACUAUUGUUAUCCCCAGGUCACUUGCAGCCAGUAAGACUCGAUUCCGCUGGAUCCAGGACAGCAGCUCCCACAAGACCGUGCCUCCUUUUGGCUUAGACGGUGUUUACAUUUCUGAGCCUUGCCCCAACUACUGCAACGGUCAUGGGGACUGCGUCUCGGGGGUCUGCUUCUGUGACCUGGGCUACACAGCAUCGCAUGGAACCUGUGUGUCUAAUGUGCCUAAUCACAGUGAGAUGUUCGACAGGUUUGAGAGGAAGCUAAGCCCUCUCUGGUACAAGAUAACAGGAGGUCAGGUUGGGACGGGCUGUGGAGUGCUCAGUGACGGAAAAUCUCUGUACUUCAAUGGACCUGGCAAAAGGGAGGCGAGGACUGUUCCCCUGGACACCACAAACAUCAGGCUAGUUCAAUUUUAUGUACAAAUUGGAAGCAAAGCUGUUGGUAACUCCUGCAACAGACCAAGAGCCAGGAAUGAAGGGCUUGUUGUUCAAUACACAAAUGACAAUGGGAUCACCUGGGAUUUGCUGCGAGAGCUGGACUUCAUGUCGUACCUGGAACCCCAGGUUGUUUCGAUAGACUUACCUCGGGAGGCCAAAACCCCUGCCACAGCUUUCCGUUGGUGGCAGCCACAACACGGGAAGCAUUCAGCUCAGUGGGCUUUGGACGAUGUCCUUAUCGGGAUGAAUGACAGCUCUCAGACUGGCUUCCAAGAUAAAUUUGAUGGAACUGUGGAUUUACAAGCAAGCUGGUACAGAAUACAAGGAGGUCAAGUAGACAUCGACUGCCUGUCUAUGGAUACAGCUCUGAUGUUCAGUGAAAACAUUGGAAAACCUCGCUAUGCUGAGACUUGGGACUUCCAUGUAUCAGCCUCCACUUUCUUGCAGUUUGAGCUGAGCAUGGGUUGCAGCAAGCCAUACAGCAAUGCCCAUAGCAUUCACCUGCAGUAUUCUUUAAACAAUGGGAGAGACUGGCACCUGGUGACAGAGGAGUGCGUCCCUCCAACUAUUGGCUGUCAGCAGUACACCGAGAGCUCCAUCUACACUUCAGAAAGAUUCCAGAACUGGAAAAGAAUUACUGUCUACCUCCCACCCGCAACCAACUCUCCCAGAACACGGUUCAGAUGGAUUCAGUACAACUAUGCUUCUGGUGUUGAUUCUUGGGCUAUUGAUAACGUGGUCCUGGCUACAGGGUGCCCCUGGAUGUGCUCAGGCCAUGGCAUCUGUGAUGCAGGUCGUUGUGUGUGUGAUAGAGGCUUUGGUGGUCCAUACUGUGUCCCUGUAAUUCCUCUGCCAUCUGUCCUGAAGGAUGAUUUCAAUGGUAACUUGCAUCCAGACCUUUGGCCUGAGGUCUACGGUGCUGAGAGGGGAAAUCUGAAUGGUGACACCAUCAAGUCUGGAACAGCUCUCAUUUUUAAAGGGGAAGGAUUGAGAAUGCUUGUUUCAAGAGACCUAGAUUGCACUAAUACUGUGUACAUCCAGUUUUCAUUUAAAUUUAUUGCCAAAGGCACCCCUGAGAGGUCUCAUUCCAUCCUGCUGCAAUAUUCUGUCAAUGGUGGCAUCACUUGGCACCUGAUAGAUGAGUUUUACUUCAUGCAGACUACGGAUGUCCUCUUCAUUAAUGUUCCUCUGCCAUAUGUGGCCCAAAGCAAUGCGACACGGUUCAGGCUCUGGCAACCUUAUAACAACGGCAAAAAAGAAGAAAUCUGGAUUAUUGAUGACUUCAUUAUUGAUGGAAAUAACCUAAAGAAUCCCAUGAUCCUUUUGGAUACAUUUGACUUUGGUCCCAAAGAGGACAACUGGUUUUUCUAUCCUGGUGGAAACAUUGGGCUUUAUUGCCCAUAUUCAUCUAAAGGAGCUCCGGAAGAAGAUUCAGCUAUGGUAUUUGUUUCAAAUGAAGUUGGAGAACACUCCAUUACAACAAGGGACCUGAGUGUAAACGAAAACACUAUAAUCCAAUUUGAGAUCAAUAUUGGCUGCACCACUGAUAGCUCCUCUGCUGACCCAGUAAAGUUGGAGUUCUCACGAGAUCUGGGGGCAACCUGGCACUUGCUGCUCCCCUUGUGCUACAGCAGCAGCAGCCACCUCAGCUCCCUGUGCUCCACAGAGCAUCACCCCAGUAGCACUUACUAUGCAGGCACCACCCAGGGCUGGAGAAGGGAGGUCAUUCACUUUGGAAAACUGCAUCUCUGUGGGUUGGCAAGGUUCAGAUGGUACCAAGGAUUUUACCCUGCUGGAUCCCAGCCAGUGACGUGGGCCAUUGACAACGUGUACAUUGGCCCACAGUGCGAGGAGAUGUGCAACGGCCACGGCAGCUGUAUCAAUGGCACAAAGUGCAUCUGCGACCCUGGGUACUCUGGGCCAACCUGCAAAAUAAGUACCAAGAACUCUGACUUCCUUAAGGAUGAUUUUGAAGGUCAGCUGGAGUCAGAUAGAUUCCUGCUUGUGAGUGGUGGAAAGCCAUCAAGGAAAUGUGGUAUCAUGUCUGGAGGAAACAACCUUUUCUUUAAUGAAGAAGGCUUACGUAUGCUGAUGACUCGAGACCUAGAUUUGUCACAAGCCAGAUUUGUGCAGUUCUUCAUGAGACUGGGAUGUGGCAAGGGGGUGCCAGACCCCAGGAGCCAGCCUGUGCUGCUGCAGUAUUCGCUCAAUGGGGGCCUCACCUGGAGCCUUCUCCAGGAGUUCCUCUUCAGUAACUCCAGCAAUGUGGGACGAUACAUCGCCCUGGAAAUUCCCUUGAAGGCCCGUUCCAGCUCCACUCGGCUUCGCUGGUGGCAGCCAUCCGAGAAUGGGCAUUUCUACAGUCCCUGGGUAAUCGACCAGAUUCUAAUUGGAGGAAAUAUCUCUGGCAAUACAGUGCUAGAAGAUGAUUUCACCACACUGGAUAGCAGAAAGUGGCUGCUUCAUCCUGGUGGAACAAAGAUGCCAGUCUGUGGGUCAACUGGGGAUGCUCUAGUAUUCAUCGAGAAAGCUAACACCCGCUAUGUUGUCACCACUGACAUUGUUGUCAAUGAAGACUCUUUUUUGCAAAUAGAUUUUGCAGCAUCCUGCUCUGUCACGGAUUCCUGUUAUGCUAUUGAACUGGAAUAUUCAGUGGACCUUGGGCUGACCUGGCACCCAAUUUUGAGAGACUGUCUUCCCACUAACGUGGAAUGCAACAAGUACCAUCUCCAGAGGAUUCUCAUUUCAGACACUUUCAACAAGUGGACUCGAGUUACUUUACCUCUGCCUCCCUAUACUAGGUCUCAAGCAACACGUUUCCGCUGGCACCAGCCUGCUCCUUUCGACAAGCAGCAAACAUGGGCAAUUGAUAACGUCUACAUCGGGGAUGGCUGCAUAGACAUGUGCAGCGGCCAUGGGAAGUGCACACAAGACAACUGUAU